AUGCAUGACCCACAUACGCAAGAGUUCAGACUUGAUCGCCGAUACCGAGGGGAGGUGCCUUCACCUUUCGAGCCGUCCUUGCUGGAAAGCCCAUUGUGGGUCAACAGCUUCCACAAGAAGAAGGCGGUGAAGGUUGAGUCCAUCGAAGAAGACGGCGUCGCGGAGAAGAUCUAUGCCAAUUGGAUCAAAGAAGAGUUGCAGAAAGAAGCGGCAUGCUUGGAGCUGCCCUUCUCUGUGGUCUUCCUGGCAUCAUUUGCCUUCUUUGCACUGGGGUAUUUGGCGCAAGAUGUUGUCAUGAGUGUCGAAAAUUCGAUCGAGACGGACAUUACCGAGAACGCAAAUUUUGCUUUCGAAGGCUACUUCGGCAACAAGGUGAUCGGUGACGUGAACAGUUUCGCAGAUUUCUGGUCAUGGACGCACCUGGCCAGCAUGGGAAUCGGACGUAGCAUCGUGAUUUGCGGCGAUGAGACACCCAGGCGGUUGGGCCUUCUUCCGCUGGUCUUCCCCGAAAUGCCCUACCUCUACUCUGAGGGCCUGGCGGAGGCCGUCCCAGAGGGCUACAACGUCAGUGCUCUGCCUCAACGAUGGUUAUAUCCUGGAUACGAAAAGCCUGCUCCUGUGCAAAAUGAUUACUUGAGGUACAACAGAAUCAUUGGAGGACUGCGAUUUCGUCAGGAGGUUUCCACUGACGACAAGGCAACCUGCACGCACUUCGGUGAAGAAGCAACAUUCAGGACAUGGAUCGGCAAGCCAUGUACGCACUUCACUGAAUACGAGCUGCCGCCAGACCUCCUGGCCACGGAAGCCUUCAAUAGUGCACCUCAGCGGGUCGAGUGGUUUCUGCCCGAGGUCGAAGGGACAUCAGCUUUGGUUCAGCACGUGAUCGACAUGGAGGAUGGGUGCUUCUCUGCCAGAGCGCAGAACCGGACAUGCCUUUGCCAGUGGUGCAACGCGCAGGUAGGCCCACAUCCUUGGCUUGAUGAGCAGACACAACGAGUCGAGGUGGCCUUCAUAACGUACAACGCACAUUAUGGCCAUCACCCUACCAAAUAA